CCGACACACAGCUCCUCACAUUGCCUUCCUUCCUUCAUUCACCUCGGUGAGAAAGUGUCUGCUGACCUCUUCCAUCCCUGCAAAAUGUCCUGCUACGACCUGUACCCCUCCUCCGCCUGCGGCGUCCUCCGUCCCCAGCCCCUGGCCGACAGCGCCAACGAGCCGUGUGUCCGGCAGUGCCCCGACUCCACCACCGUGAUCCAGCCUCCCCCUGUGGUGGUCACCUUCCCCGGCCCCAUCCUCAGCUCCUUCCCGCAGGAUUCCGUGGUGGGAUCUGCUGGAGCGCCCGUCCUGGGAGCCUCGGGGGCCUCCCUGGGCUAUGGGGGAUAUGGAUCCCUGGGCUAUGGGGGUCUCUAUGGGUAUGGGGGAUACGGAUCCCUGGGCUAUGGGGGUCUGUGGGGCUAUGGGGGCUCCUCCCUGGGCUAUGGGGGCCUGUGGGGCUGUGGGGGCUACCGUGGCCUCUAUGGCUCUGGCCGAGGCUUUGGCUCCGGCUACUGCAGCCCCUACUCCUGGUACGGCCGCUACGGCCGCGGCGGCUGCUGGUCCUGCUGAACCCCACGGAAAACCCUCUGGAUGAUGGAGAACAGCAAAAUGCAGAUUCUUCUUCCCUUUGAGCCUCCAUGGGUUCAGCUCCUGUUAUCCCCUGCUUUAWCCCCGGUGUGACUGAACGCAGUGACCGACUGAAGCAUCUUCCCGGCUCUGCCACCUCGCGUUCGUGUUCUUGGUGUUCUGAUGUUGUUUUUGCUCUUUUU